AUGCAUCUUAAGGCAAACGGGCUUCUGAAAACCAUCAGUAAGUCGGAAACAACAUCAGAUGAGCAAAAGGCAAAAGCCAUGAUUUUUCUUCGCCACCACAUCCAUGAUGGUUUAAAAGAUGAAUAUAUUAUGCAAGAAGAUCCUGCAGAUCUCUGGCAAUCACUUAAAGAAAGGUUUGAUCACCAGAAAUAUGUGAUCUUACCUAAAGCGAGACAUGAGUGGUUGAAUCUUCGGUUCCAGGAUUACAAAAGUGUAAGUGAGUAUAAUUCCGCGUUAUUCGGAAUCACUUCUAGGAUGAUGUUGUGUGGAGAAAAGAUAACUGAUUUUGAUAUCAUAGAGAAAACUCUCUCCACAUUCCAUCCCGGAAACGUAAUCUUGCAACAACAAUACCGGGCAAAAGGAUUCACCAAGUACUCGGAGUUGAUGCAAAUCCUCCUUGUUGCUGAACAAAAUAAUGAACUAGUGAUGUUAAACCAUCAAACCCGUCCAACUGGAUCAAUGCCAUUCCCAGAAGUGAAUGUUGCAUCAUCGAGCAAAAGAAAUAAUCAAGGACGUGAAAAUAAACGAAGAAAAGAUCACUUUCGUGGUCGUGGUCGAGGACGUGUACGUGGACGUGGACGUGGAAAUGGACGUGGUCGCGGACGAGAGAAAACCAAUGAUGAUGGCCUAGAAUAUAAAAGGUCAAAGGAAAAUGGUUGCUUUAGAUGCGGCAUGAAAGGACAUUGGGUACGUACAUGUCGUACACCAAAAUAUUUAGCCGAUAUGUAUCAGGAAUCACAAAAGGCUAAAGACAAAGAUGUUGAAACCAACUUCAUCUCUAAGGAAGUUGGGCCAUCCUUUGAUAGCCAAAGUGAUUAUGCUCAUCUUGAUGUAGCAGAUUUUCUUGUUGAACCAAAAGAAUCAACAGAAACUAAUAGGCUAAAACUGAUGUGA